GCCCCCGGCUGGCCGGCCUGAACGUAGGUCUCCUGUCUUAUAGAACCGCCGGUUCCUGCGGGCAGCCCUCGGGGCGGCCUGGGGCAGCCAUGCUCCAAUCCCCGGGCUCCGCGCCGUCUCUGCUCCAGGGCGCCCCCAGACGGCGGCUCUGCGCCUUGCUGGUCCUCGGCUUCAAGCUCGCGUUCUUCCUCUCCGUCGCGAUCUACUGGAGCACGCUGGGAGAGCCCCAGGCCCGGGCGGGGCCGCCUCUCCCGCCGCCCGUGGAUGCCCCCUGCCCCCGCCUGCCCCCCGCUAGCCCGGCCCCCGGCCCCCCGGCCCCGGGCGACAUCUUCUUUCUGGAGACGUCAGACCGGACCAACCCCAGCUUCCUGUUCGCGUGCUCGGUGGAGUCGGCGGCCAGGGCUCACCCCGAGUCCCGCGUGGUGGUGCUGAUGAAGGGGCUGCCGGCGGGCGGCGCCCCUCCGCCCCGGCACCUGGGCACCUCGCUGCUGGGCUGCUUCCCCAACGUGCGGCUGGAGCGGCUGGACCUGGAGGCGCUGUUCCGGGGCACCCCGCUGGCCGCCUGGCACGCCGCCCGGCCGGGGCGCUGGCAGCCCUACCCGCUGGCCGUGCUGUCGGACGCCGCCCGGCUGGCCCUGCUGUGGAAGCGGGGCGGCGUCUACCUGGACACCGACUUCAUCGUGCUGCGCAGCCUGCGGAGCCUCCGCAACGCGCUGGGCGCCCAGUCGCGCUUCGUGCUCAACGGCGCCUUCCUGGCCUUCGAGCGCCGCCACGCCUUCCUGGCGCUGUGCAUGCGCGACUUCGUGGCGCACUACAACGGCUGGGUGUGGGGCCACCAGGGCCCCCAGCUGCUCACCCGCGUCUUCAAGCGGUGGUGCUCCACCCGCAGCCUGCGGGACCGCCACGCCUGCCGCGGGGUCACCGCCCUGCCCCCCCAGGCCUUCUACCCCAUCCGCUGGCAGGACUGGAAGCGGUACUUCCAGGACAUCAGCCCGCGGGCGCUGGCCCGCCUGCUCAACGCCACCUACGCCGUCCACGUGUGGAACAAGAAGAGCCACGGCACGCGCCUGCCCGCCUCCUCCCGCGUGCUGCUGGCCCAGCUCCACGCGCGCUACUGCCCCACCACCCACCAGGCCAUGACGAUGUAUCUGUGA